AUGCAAUCAUUUCCUCAGUUCUUGCGAAGUCAACCUUCACCAAAAGUUCAGGAUUCGGCCUUUCCUCCCUUUAAAAUCGAGCAUAGAUAUCGAGGAGUCUAUGAAAGAGCCGGCUUUGAUAUUAACCGAGAUGUCAAAGUGAAGAAGUCUGCUAAUGAUACCAAAUCGGUUAGAUCUCGUACUAAUAGUCAGUCAAGUGGUCAAACAAAUAGUCAUCCCAAUCAUCCCAAUCAUUCGGUUGCAAAUGCCCCAUCUCCUUUGGACUCUCUGUCUUCGUCAUCGUCUCGAGACUCAUCAAAAUCUUCAUCUACUGAACAUAGUAAUAAACCUCAUUUCAGAAAUCCUUAUGGUAAUCCUUCAUCUUCCAAAUCAGCUACUUUCCCAUCUCAUUAUCCUAUAUCACCUCCUAUGUCUUCCACUACUCGAUCACAUUCGGAAUCCAAACCAAUCACUAAUAAUAAGGUAGAGUUACCAUAUCAAAGAUCAUUCAGUGAAUCUAAAGUAAAUAUCAGUACUGGAGGCUUAACGCCUCUAAAUGAAUCUUUUAAAGAUAUACCUCAACCUCCGAGUCAGAAUAAGAACUAUAAAAACCUUCGACUCGAUUUGGAACAGCAGCAACUGCACCAGAAAUCUCGUCUCAUUAAAUCGGAUGAACUGCUUUCCGAUAGUGAGAAUGAAAUGGGGUCCGGUAAGAAUGAUACCUUCGAUGAAACGAGAAACACAUCGCUCGAUAAGAAUGAGUACGAUGAGCUUAAUGUGAGAAAUGUGGUUAAGCCAAUGGAGGCGGAACAGUCAGUGUAUAAACCAGUACAACCAGUACAACCAGUACAACCAGUACAACCAGUACAACAGCCACAACCACAACAGGCUUACCCAGCUUACCAGCAAGGCUAUCCACAACCAGGACAAGCUUAUCAACCCCAGUUUACUCCACUGCCAACUAAUUAUAAACCUCCCUAUCCAGCACCUCACCAACCUCCAUAUCCAUUGCGGGUUAAUAUCCCCAACCAAUACCCACAACAGAACAGUCCUAUUUAUUCGCAGAGCCCUCAGGCAUAUCAGCAACCAACACAGCAACAACAACCACCACCACAACAGCAACAACAACAGCAACAACAACCACCACCACAACAGCAACAGCAACAACCACCAAUUCGUCCAGCAGACACUUUAAGUGCAAGAGACAGUUACUCUAAUUCCCGACUCUCUCAUGCCUUGGAUGAUUUCAAAAAAGAUAUCCAAGCCCAUAAGGAAUAUGUUCCAAGAUCUCCAUCUAUACCUGGAAAUACUCCACCUCAAUUACCUUCAUCUUCACCUAGUGAGUUAGGAUUAGGACGCUUUGAAUAUCCUGUAAGUAAUCCUAAAUAUGGUACAGACUCAACGUCAACCUCGACUACUCAACCUCCUUAUCCAGUAGCAGAAUUAAUGGUAAGUUCUAGAUCUAAAGAGACAAGAUUAAGUCAAUUAUCGAUGGUUAGUUCUGUGAUUUCUCAUGAUGAUGACAAUGACAAUGACAAUGAAGAUGAUGAAGUAGAAGAGGAAUUGAAGAGACAAUUGGAAAUGUUAAAGCAGAAUGGGAAUAGUACGGAUUAUCAUAUGGACACAUCCACCUCUAUGGCAGUACCACAAAUCACCAUUAAUGAGGAAGAACCUGAACCAGAACCAGUACCAGAACCAGAACAACAACCAGAACCACAACCAGAGUAUGAAAGCAAUUCAUCACAUGAUUCGGAUUUGGAUGACAUGUCCUCGACGGCAUCUUUCGAUCUGGUUAAACCGUUAUCGGUUCGUCAUUCAGCCAAUAUCUCCUUCAAUGCCAUUGAAUUACCUCCUUCGCCCAUUAAAUUCAGAAAGGAAGUUAAGUUUAAUGAGACUGAUAGUUUUGUAUCACCAGUAACUCAUAACUUCCCUAAUAGCGAUACUACAUCACCCAGUACCUUUGAAGAAGUUAAGCCUUUAAGUCCUAAGAAUCAUGAAGUUGAAAAGGAAUUACAAGGGAUGAACUUUGAGAUCCAGCCGGCUACUCAAUCGCCAUCACAAUUUGAAAUGAUGGAACAGGAACAAGAAGUAGAACAAGAAGUAGAACAGGAAGUAGAACAACAAUAUUCUCCCUUACUGCCCUCCGGUAGUGGACCAUGUCGUGGAUGUCAUCAAAGUAUUGAUCCAUUAGCUAAGGGACCUCGAAAGGCAAUUUAUUCUAAAACAGGAGAAUUAACUGGUCAAUGGCAUAGAAGUUGUUUUACAUGUACUUAUGACCAUUGUCAAAUUACUUUUAAUAAGAAUGUUCAAUGUUACGCAUUUGAAGAUUAUCCAUAUUGUUUUAAUCAUUAUCAUCAAUUAAAUAAUACUCAAUGUAUAUCAUGUGGUAUAGGAAUUGAAGGAGAUUGUAUUGAGAAUGAACUUGAACAAAAGUAUCAUUUACAUUGUUUAACUUGUGGACAAUGUAAUCAACCAAUUGAUUCUGAUUAUUUUCUUAUUAAUGGGAUUAUUUAUUGUGAAGCUGAUGCUCAUAUUAAGAUUAUUAAUAAUAAUUCUAGGGGAUUAUCAAGUAAUGAUAAGAUUGAAAAGAGAAGAACAAGAUUAUUAUUUCUUGAUUAG